AUGCAAAGGCUCGCCGCCGGCGCCGGUCACGUGACCGCGGCCGUACGUUUCGAAGGACAGGCGCACGAUGACGUCCGUCCUGGUGCGCGCCGUGGGGGGGGCGGCGGGGUCCAGUCUCGCGGCGAAAGCGGCGGCGGCCGGUUCAGCGUCUUCACGGCGAUCCUCCCGUCGCUGGGCGCGCAGCACAGCCACAGCUUCAGACGGACCAGUGUCCGGCGCUGGGUCGUGUCCCCCUACGACCCUCGCUACCGGCUGUGGGACAGCUACCUCGUCUGCCUCGUGCUCUACUCCGCGUGGGUGUCCCCUUUCGAGUUCGGCUUCCUCCAGAACCCCCACGGCCCGCUGGCCAUCGCCGACAACACCGUCAACGUCUUCUUCGCCAUGGACAUCGUCCUCACCUUCUUCGUCGCCUACACCGACAAGAGGACCUACCUGCUCGUUGACGAGCCCGCCAAGAUCGCCUGGCGCUACGCCAGCACCUGGCUCGUCCUGGACGUCGCCUCCACCGUGCCCACCGAGCUCUCCCGCCGGAUCCUCCCUCCCGACCUCCGAACCUACGGCGUCUUCGGCAUGCUCCGCCUCUGGCGACUCCGGCGCGUCGGUGCCCUCCUGUCCCGCAUGGAGAAGGACCGCAAGUUCAGCUACUUCUGGGUCCGGUGCUCCAAGCUCGUGGCCGUAACGCUCUUCGCCGUGCAUUGCUCUGGGUGCUUCUACUAUCUCCUCGCCGACCGGUACCCGAACCCGGCCGAGACCUGGAUCAGCAUCUCCAUGCCGCACUUCCACACCGAGAGCCUUUGGAACCGCUACGUGGCGUCCAUGUACUGGUCCAUCACCACCCUCACAACUGUGGGCUACGGCGACAUGCACGCCGUCAACUCGAGGGAGAUGCUCUUCACCACCUUCUACAUGCUCUUCAAUCUCGGCCUCACCGCCUACCUCAUCGGCAACAUGACCAACCUCGUCGUCCACGGCACCAGCCGCACCAGGAAAUACAGGGACAAGAUCCAGGCGGCAACGAGCUUCGCGCAGCGGCACGAGCUGCCGAAGCGGCUGCAGGAUCAGAUGAUCUCUCACCUCAGCCUGAAAUUCAGGACGCACUCAGAGGGGCUCCAGCAGCAGGAGACGCUGGACGCGCUGCCCAAAGCAUUAAGGUCCAGCAUCUCGCACCACCUCUUCUUCGGGCUGGUCCAGAACGUCUACCUCUUCCAGGGGGUCUCCAAUGACCUCAUCUUCCAGCUGUGGGGAAUUUGCUCAACUGGUUACCUUGUUUCUGCUGCGCAAUUGCUUGGGAAGGUGUCUGAGAUGAGCGCCGAGUACUUUGCGCCGCGAGAAGACGUGAUACUGCAGAACGAAGCGCCCUCGGAUUUCUACAUCAUUGUCACUGGUAGUGUGCUGGCCAGCAUGGCCAAGUCCGGCGAAGUCAUCGGCGAGAUCGGGGUCCUGUGCUACAGGCCUCAGCUCUUCACGGCCCGGACAAAGUCCCUGUGCCAGCUCCUGCGCCUGGACCGCGCCAACUUUCUCAAGGUCGUCCAGUCAAAUGUUGGGGAUGCCACCAUAAUCAUGAACAAUCUCAUCCAGUACCUCAAGGAACACAAGGGUGACGGCGUGAUCUCUCGCAUCGCCAAGGACAUCGAGCGCAUGCUUGCCACAGGCCAGCUUGAUCUGCCAAUCACGCUCUGCUUCGCGGCGUCCAGAGGAGAUGACUUUCUGAUGCACCAGCUGCUGAAGCGCGGCCUGGACCCCAAUGAGACCGAUAACUGCGGCCGUACAGCACUGCAUAUAGCGGCUUCCAAUGGGAGUGAGCAGUGCGUCAGGCGCCUGUUGGAGAAUGGUGCUGAUGCGAAUGCCAGAGAUCCAGAAGGAAAGGUGCCCCUGUGGGAGGCUUUGUGCAGGAGGCACCAGCCCGUGGUGCAGCUGCUGCUGGAGGCCGGUGCGGACCUGUCGGCGGGGGACGGGGCCAUGUACGCUCGCGUCGCCGUCGAGGAGGACGACGCCGUGCUGCUGGGGGAGAUCGCCCGGUGCGGCGGGGACUUGGCCGCCGCGUGCUCUAGCGACGGCACCACCCCGCUGCACCGCGCCGUCCUGGACGGAAACGCCAGGAUGGUCAGGGUCCUGCUAGAGCACGGCGCUGAUCCUGACAGGGUGGACGCCCGCGGGUUGACGCCGACGGCCUUGGCCGACCGCCACGCCCACACCGACAUUCAGCAGCUGUUCGCGUCGCACCGCCACCAGGACCAGCAGGGAGCGCCGAAGCCCUCGUCGACGGAGGAGGGCGUCGCCGUGGCGCCAGCGGCUCCGCAGGUCACGAGGUUCAGGAGCGAGCCGUCGGCGAGAGUACUGCCACCCAGCGGUAGCGUCGGGUCGUCGCCGUCGCCGAACCGGGCGGGCCCCCAGUCAAACUCCUCGUCGGCGCGCAGCACGCCGCAGCGGAUGGCCAGCUUCCGGAACUCCCUCUUUGGCGUCAUCUCCUCGUCGUUCCACGGAAACCGACUCGACGGCGGCGGCGGUACGAGCUUCCUGCAUCGCCACGAGAGGAAUCCGAUCAGCUCGCACGUCCGGGUGACCAUCUCGUGCCCUGAACAGGGGCGGGGCGAGAGGAGGCUGCUCGUGUUCGUGCCGGAGACGAUGCUGCAGCUGCUCGAGCUCGGGGGGAACAGAUUCGGGUUCGCGGCGACGAGGGUAAUAACGAGCGACGGCGCCGAGAUCGACGACGUGAGACUCGUCAGGGACGGCGACCACCUCCUCCUAGUCUCAGAUCAGUGGGUUCCCGACACUACCAGCGGGCAUAGGAAACAAUAA